AUGACAACAGAUCUAACUUUGCGCACUUAUAAAACGCGCGAUUGGGACUUAGCAACAAUUCAAAUAAACGUACAACUAUUUAUAUUUAUGUUUACAUUUCUAGGGAAUUCCCUCGUUCUAUUUUUAGUCAUCAACUUAUCCCGGAAACGCCGUCGGGAGCAACUCGGAAGGAUGUACACGAUGAUUGGUCACUUAAGCCUAGCCGAUCUAUUAGUCGCCACUUUGAACCAACUGCCUCAGCUGGCCUGGGAUAUGACCUUCAGAUUUAAGGGUGGUCCUGUCCUUUGUAAGGCUGUUAAAUUUGGGCAGGUUCUGACAAUGUACGCCUCCUCCUACGUCCUCGUCUCGACCGCCAUUGACAGGUACAUGGCAAUCUGCCAUCCAAUGAAAACUCACGCCUGGACCACAAACCACGCCCACAAGUUGGUAGGCGUGGCCUGGCUGAUUGGGGCUCUCUUCUCCACGCCACAACUAUUUUUAUUCAGCUGGAAAGAGGUCAUUCAACAGAGUGGCGAAUACGAUUGUUUAGCACGAUUCCAACAAAACUGGACAGUGCAGCUGUAUACAUUCUGGUUCACAAUAGCCGUGUACCUCACACCUUUCGUCCUGUUGAGUUACAUCUACACGAAAAUUUGCUACGUCGUGUGGCGAAGCGUCAGUGCGUCAACUACUACAAGCUCAACUUCGACUACUACCACCACAAAAGCUACAAUGUCACAAAAACCACCAUUCCAAACAACAGCAAUUCACCAUCACCAACAACAAAAACAGCAACAAAACAAAAAACCGCCCCUCCAAUCAAAUCUCCCGUACCAUCUUUUACCACUACCUUACAUUCUCUCGCCAGCUAAUCAGAAUUUAGGUCAAACAUUGACCAAAGCUAAAACCAGGACUGUGAAAUUAACACUGGCCGUCGUUGUUGGCUAUCUAUUGUGCUGGGCCCCCUUUUUUGUUGCUCAAUUUUGGUGGGCCCUGGACCCCAAUGCCCCUGUAGAAGAAGACUUCAUGGUCAUUCCACUGCUCCUUGGCAGUCUAAACAGUUGCAUCAACCCCUGGAUCUACAUGGCAUUCAGCGACCAAUUGAGACUCCAAGCCAGCAACAUCUUCUGCAAAUACUGUCGCUGCAACCGCCGCUACAACCACCGCAACGUGCAACCGCAACCACAGCAGCAAUACUCACAACAACCGAAAUUACCGGUUUUUAAAAGUAGUUUCGGCAGCUGUAAUAGUAGUAGUGGCGGCAAAGUUCUGGAUGUUAACCGAGUUAGUAAGUGGCUAAAUAGAAGCCUAACUUCGUCGCUAUCAAGUGGCGGACGAAGCUGUGGCAAACAACGCGCCACUGUUAACUUUUCGCCCAAAUUAGACAAAUGACGUGCAUAAACUCAAGUACAGACAUUCGUACCAACUUACACUGACGCUGUUCUUAACUUGUGAUUGACUAUUUUUGAAUGAUUUUUUAUUAUAUAAAAUUUGGUAUGUCUGCCUGUCUAGAUAUGUUAAAUAGAUAGAUAAUAAUAAUAAUAAUAAUAACAAAAACGACAAAAACAACAACAAUAAUAAUAAUUAUUAUUAUUAUUGUUGUUGUUGUUGUUGUUGUAACAAUGAUGAAACGUAGGUAAUGAAAGUUGGUAAUACAACUCUUGGAAUUUAAUAGCAAUGGAAAAUUAUUUUUUGAACACAUUUUCAUAGGAAUCUUAAUACAUUUUACACACACACACACCACACACACAUACACACACACACAUACAUACCAACACACAUAUAUACACACAUAAACACACCCACCCAACAUUAAUGUUUUAAAAAACUCACUUUUUUGAAAGCUCGCGUGAAUUGAAUAUAUAAAAUUUUGAGAAAAAAAACACAUUUUUUCGCAUAAAAUGCUCAUUCAUUCGUUUAACUUGAAAUUCACUGUGUUUAGUUUGUUGUUUAUUCUGUUUAUAUUAUUGUGUUUUGUUUAUAUUGUUUAAUAGUUUGACAUUUAAUUUUGAUGUGGAUCGUAUGU